AUGGAGAACUUCUCACUCCUCAGCAUUUCUGGGCCACGCAUCUCUUCCUUGGCCAUGAGCACUUUUCCUUACAUUAUAUCCUCCCGUGCCACAAGCUUACCAGACAUCGCAAAGACUGUGACACCUGCUGAGGCACCCAGCCCAGCUCAGGCCCUGCAACCCCAGUACCAAAGCAGCCCUCUCCGGCACGGGGUGCACAACAUGAUUCUCUCAACAGAACACACUGUGGGGGACAUCCAGAAAGGGGAGCAGCUGAGGCGGAACUGCACCAUCUACCGGCCCUGGUUCUCCCCUUACAGCUACUUUGUAUGCUCAGAUAAGGAGAGCCACCUGGAAGCCUUCAGCUUCCCAGAGGUGCAGCGGGACGAGGGCAGGGGGGACAGCUGCCUUCCCGAGGACAUAGCUGAGAGUAUCUGCUCCUCCUCCUCCUCCCCAGAGAAUACCAGCCCCCGAGAGGCCACCAAGAAAUCCAGGCAUGGCCUGGACUCCAUGGACUACAUCACGUCCCAGGACAUCCUAACAGCUUCCAAGUGGCAUCCAGCCCAGCAGAAUGGCUACAAGUGUGCGGCCUGCUGCCGCAUGUACCCCACCCUGCACUCACUCAAGAGCCACAUCAAAGGGGGCUUCAAGGAGGGCUUCAGUUGCAAGGUGUACUACCGGAAGCUCAAAACCCUCUGGGGCAAGGAGCAAAAGGCUCGGCUGGGGGACAGGCUUGCCUCAGGUAGUUGCCAAGCUUUCAAGUAG